GUUUCAGCGCAGCAUACAUGAAAUGACAGAUCAGACUACAGAAACCAGCUCCGACCAUGAAGACUCUGAGGAGGAGAAUGAAGAUCCAGAGAUGAGGAAGGCCAUCAGGAAGAUGAAGAAGCUGGACCGGAUUCUGGCUCACAAGGUGUCAGCAGAGAGAGAGGUGAAGCAGAAGGGCAGAGAGUUACACCAGAGACUGUGGCAGGAGCUUCAGGCUGAGAGUCUCCACAUCAGCAGCACCGAGGCUGAAAACACCAGACGCUUUUUGUCUCUGACGCCCAGUGACUGUCUGGAGUGUGAUGAAGAGGAUGUGUUUGUGCCGGUGUUUGAGACUGAGGUUGUAGAUCUGAAGACUGAAGUAAACUCCAGACCCGAGCCGGAAG